AUGAGUUUACCGAAUAUAUUAAAUACAACUCAUCUGCGUACAUUGUCUCUUGGUAAAAAUACAUCACACUUUCUGGAACGUUUAAUAUCGUGUAUACCGUUUAUUGAAAAUCUUUCUGUUGGUGUAGAAGAUGUAGAAAUAAACGAGAACGAUAGUUUUGACAUAAACUCACUACCUGCCGCUGUCGAUGCUCAUCUUCUUUUGUAUUUAUCUCGUCUACAUAUAGAUUGCAAAGAUAGUACUAGUUUUCAUCGAACUAUUGCGCUUUUAUCAUCCGUGUUUGGUCAACUUAGUAAUCUAUCAUUAAAAUUAGUAGCGCUUAUGGUAAUCUCUAGUUCAUUAAUUAUAUCAGGUGACAUUAUUCAACAAUUAUGUAUCAAUCGUCUCAAACCAUUGGCAACCUAUAAUCUUAAUCUAGAAUUAAAUAUCAAAGAUGAUUCGAAGGAAAAAAUAAUUUUCAACUCAUUUAUUAAUGUUCCAUUUACUAAUCGACAACGACCGAAAGUGUUUAUUCAAGAACGUGGUAAUUUUGAUCUCGGUCGUAAUUAUCAUUGUUUUACGGUAUUCACAUCACCAUGUAAUGACAGAAUACUUCCAACAUAUCUGUUCUCUAGACCAUUGGAAAAAUCUUGUCAAAUGCCGAUUAAUGCAGCACAUUUAUUUUCACGCGCUAAUGAUUCCAUAUCGUCAUUAGUUCCAUGGUCAUUAUUAACAAAAAUUUCAAUCGAUGAAGGUGAUGUUGUUACUACAGCUGAACUAGAAUCAAUAUUACGGAUGGCUUAUAAUAUCCAUACAUUAGAUAUAUGUGAGGAAAGUGGAAAUUUUUCCCAUGCGAUAUUAUAUAAUAUUGACAAUCUCGGAACUCGUGUCAAUCAAGAAAUGAAUAAAAUGAUGGUUAGCGCGUUUGAAUUGUUACCUACCGAUGUUCUUUUCGAAAUAUUUGAUUAUUUGUCUCCUGUUGAUGUCCUUCAAUCAUUUUUAUCAUUGAAUAAACAUUUUUCAAGAAUUGUUAUGUAUGAAUAUUUGUGGCAUAUUCAUAUUGGUAGUCCAACAAUGUCAUUAUUCACCUUCAACGAUCUUUGUCAAAAUGUUUUGAAAUUAGUAGGAACUCGACUUGUUUCAUUACGUGUAACAUUAACCAAUGCUAUUGGUGGCUGGUCACUUGUUUCAUCAUCUCUAAAAUAUCAUCAAACAACAUUGCUUCAACGCCUUCAUCUAAUCAAUAUUACACCACAUGAGUUUGAUAAUUUACUGCGUAAUCCUUUUAUUAAAGGAUUACAUACUUUAUUAGUUGAUGCGACAUCAUCUAAUCCAUUUCAUUAUUUUGAUGGUGAAGGAGUUUAUUUAACUAAGGUGUGUUCGCAAUUGCCUCUUCUAACAAAUUGUCGACUUCCAUUUAAUGUUUAUCAUAAAGGUCGAUAUGAUGCAGACAAAUAUUCAGCACUGUCAAUAAUGAAUUUACCAAGUUUAUUAAAUACAAUUCAUCUUCGUAGUUUGACUAUUGGUAUGAAUACGUCACGCUUUCUCAAACGUUUAAUAUCCUGUAUACCGUUUAUUGAAAAUCUUUCUGUUGGUGUAAAAGAUCUAGCAAUGAAUCAGAACGAGAGUUUUGAUAUAGUCUCACUACCUACUGCUGUUGAUGCUCGUCUUCUUUUAUAUCUAUCUCGCUUACAUAUAAAUUGUAAAGAUGGCAUUAGUUUUCACCGAGCUAUUGCGCUUUUAUCGUCUGUGUUUGGUCAACUUCGUCAUCUAUCAUUGAAAUUAGAAACGGAUGUAGUAAUCUCUAGUCCAAUGACUAUAUCAGGCGAUAUUAUUCAAGAGUUAUGUAUCGAUCGUCUCAAUCCAGGGGCAAUCUAUAAUCUUAAUCUAGAUUUACAUGUUCAAUAUGAUGCGAAGGAAAAAAUAAUUUUUAGUUCAUUUUUGACAGCUCCAUUUACUAAUCGACAACGACCGAAAGUGUUUAUUCAAGAACUUGUUAGUGAUGAAGUCGAUCAUUAUUGUCAUUAUUUUACGGUAUUCACUUUACCAUGUUAUGAAAGAAAACUUCCAACAUACAUGUUUUCUAGAGCUCUAGAAAAAUCUUGUCCAAUACCAAUUCAUGCAGUAGAUUUGUUUCCGCGCGCUAAUGAAUUAUUUCUUCAUGGUUACAGGAAUGAGAAUUGUGUUUUAGAGCUUGGUAAUAUUACAAGUUCUAUAUCAUCAUUAGUUCCGUGGUCAUUAUUAACAAAAAUUUCAAUUGAUAAUAGUGAUGUUGUUACUAUAGCUGAACUAGAAUCAAUAUUACGGAUGGCUUCUAAUGUGCAUACACUACAAGUAUGGGAAAAUACUGGGAUUUUUCGCCACGCCAUAAUACAUAAUAUUAAUAAUCUCGGAACUCUGAUCAAUCAACAAGUACAAACAUUGGAGAUGCACGAUGUGACAUUAACAUGGAAAAAGUCUCUAGAUUUUUGCAAAUUAUUAUCUAAUCAAUUACCUAAUUUGAAAAGAGUUUUUUUUAGUAUUCAUGAUUCGUAUCUUGGACUGAGAUGGACGUCAUUGCCUAUGGUUGAUCGUAAAAAUAAAUCUACAGAACGUAUACUUAAACUUAUUUAUUUUCUUGUUGUUCAUUUGCAACAACUUGUUUCACUUCACAUCAAUUUUAUUAAUUUGACCGGCUCUAAAUCAUCUUGUUAUCCACAUCUAAUCAAACAACAAGUAUAUCAAUAUCUUAUUAGACGACCAUAUCGAUUACGAUGUGAUCACGGAACGAUUGAAAUGUGGCUUUAA